AUGCUCCCCUAUACAACUACCUUCAACCUUUCAAUAGUCAAAUCAUUAUUGUUAUUAUUGUUAUUGCUAUGUGGAGAGAUUCAUGCUGAUACUCCAGCCAACUGUACCUACAACGAUGCAGUUGGUCACUGGGUAUUUCACUUAGGAGAUUAUCACAAAAAAUGUUACAGUAAAUUCAAAAUCAAAACAGCUGUAGUUAUGCAUUUACAAUAUCCGGAUAUUGUCACCGAUUCCUAUGGUAAUACAGGAAAAUGGACUAUGAUAUAUAAUCAAGGAUUUGAGAUUACAAUCAGACAUAGAAAGUUCUUGGUCAUGUUCGCCUAUGGAUCUAAAAAAAGUUACAACUGUUCCAAGUCAAUGCCUAUGUUGACACAUGAUACACUGAUUCAUCAAUGGUACUGUUUUACUGCCAUGAAAAUUGAUGCACUAGAAAGCACAGAAACCUACACACCACCUAUUCCAGAAUUUGACGAAAAUAGUUUGUACAAAGUUGAUCCUGCCUUCGUGGAUGAAAUUAAUGCACAGCAGGGUUCUUGGAGAGCGAAAAUUUAUCCCAAAUAUUCCACUUAUACAAUGAAGGAGAUGAGACGUCUAGCUGGUGGUUCAAUGUCUGUAUUUAAAAGACCAACUAUCGAGAAUUUACCCAGAGAAUUUGAUUGGCUAAACCCACCUGGAGGUCUUCCCAGUCCAGUGACACCUGUUCGUGAUCAGAUGCAAUGUGGAAGUUGUUAUGCAUUUGCAUCCACUGCUGCUGUAGAGGCUCGUAUACGGUUAGCCAGUAACUUCACGCUUCAACCAAUUCUUUCACCUCAAGAUAUAUUGGACUGUAGCGCUUAUUCACAAGGUUGCGACGGAGGUUUCCCUUAUUUGAUUGCUGGGAAAUAUGCAGAAGAUUUCGGUAUGGUUCCAGAGGAGUGCAGUCCAUACACUGGUAAACAAGCGGAAAGUUGUAAAACAAGCAAGCAUUGCAGUCGUUUUUAUACAACUGAUUACAGCUAUCUUGGUGGCUAUUAUGGCGCAACAAAUGAAGAAGUAAUGAAGUUGGAGUUAGUUCAGAUUGGACCAUUUCCUGUCGGAUUUGAAGUAUAUAAUGACUUCUUUUCAUAUCAAUCAGGUGUGUAUCGACAUACAAAAAUCAAAAAUAGCCAAUCACCUUUCAACCCAUUCGAACUAACUAACCAUGCUGUAUUAGUAGUCGGCUACGGAAUAGACGAAGCAUCAAAUUUACCAUAUUGGAAGAUCAAGAAUAGCUGGGGUAAAGAUUGGGGUGAGGAUGGAUUUUUCCGAAUUCUUCGUGGUUCCGAUGAAUGUGGCGUAGAAAGUCUUGCUGUUAAAUUCGAUGUUAUAUUGUGA